GGAGACUGAAAAACCUCUUCUUCCCCAGUCCAUGCAGGUUAAACUUGGUUUUUAUCCUGUGGAUCUCCAUGACAUUGCUGUGCUCUGGUUUCCCAGCUGCUCCUUCCAUGAGCUCCAACCCUUUCUAUUUGACGUGCCAGCUGUUGGGGAGAUGGGAUUCGUGCCUGGUGCUGCUGAGCAGGUGCCUGUCCCAGGUGGGCAGGGACGAGGAGCUGGCCCUUGCCAAGCCUCUCCACAAAAGGUCCUUCCGCAACGGCGUGGGAGCGGGAAUUAAAAAAACUUCCACGCGAAGGGCAAAGUCCUGA